CCCACCUGUUGAACAGGUGCCACUAGUGAAGCGCACGCGGAUAUUCACCCUAACCUGCAAGCCUAAGGGAGAAUUGGUGAAGGCAGCGAACCUCGCUGCGAACAGCCAGCUAGAGUGGGAAGAAGGCGAUAAUCUUGCGGCAGCGAAUCUUCGCUGCAGAUUAUCAAACGGUAUUCGAUAGCGGCUCAGCGAAGGCGAUACUAGAGACGUUCAAAGGAGCGUAGAUCUUCCGGCGAGAGAUCUACGGCUCCACAAAAAACACGCCGGCACCAUCUGCAUUGGAUUGUUUUCGUUCGCAAAAUGCACUAAGAGUGCCAACAUGGUUUGCUAAAUUGAAUAAUUAAAUUGAAUUUGUAUUAGUACUUGUCAAAAAUCGACUAACUCAUUUUUUCGACUUUUGUACAGCCAACAUGGGGUUCAUAGGGAUUUGAAAGCCUGAUAACCAUAACCCUUUAUCAUCUUUAACAGCUAACAUCAACAAGCAUAUAUGCUACGACGGAUUCAUCAGUUAUCAGGCCUGCUAACAUCGAUGGAAAGUGCCAGCUGCGGCUAUCAACCGCCCUCAAACACACCCGCACUCACCCAUCUACACACACACACUCAGCAGCUGGCUCAACCUACUGAAUGACAACUUGAAUUGCAAUCGCUGUCCAGCAGACUGUCACUGGGCCACACACAGUUGCAGCAGGACCAAAGGGGGAGGGAGGAGCAGCGGGAGCAGAAGCAGCUUAAGCAGCCAUGGGCGACCUCCAGGCUACUAUUGAGUUCUCUGUCGAACUGCACAAAUUCUUCAAUGUCGAUCUCUUUCAACGCGGGCUCUAUCAGGUGCGCUGCGGACUGCGCGUGUCGCCACGCCUACCCGUCCAGGUGGAGACAAGUAUUCCCGAUGCCAGUGGCAAGCCGAAUCUGAACGGACAUGGAGCCGGUGUCGUUGAUCCGACCAGCGAUAGUGAGCGCGAACAUGAGCAGCCAUCGCCGGAGGAUGCUGGCACAACUGUGAUGGGCAACGGCAACGGCAUCGUGAAUGGCAACGGGCAUGGAAAUGGCAACGGGAAUGGGAGUGGGAAUGGCAAUGGGAACAGCAAUGGAAACGGCAGUUGCACAUCCGCAUCCAUAAUCAAUGGCAGCGGCGCCUCGCGCAUUUUUCAGAUACUCUAUCGCAACGAAGAGGUUCCGCUACGGGAUGUCAUACACUUUCGCAGCCAUCUGCUGGUUGACAGCCGUCACCUGAAGGAGUCCAUCGAACGAGCCGAGUUCUCGCUGCAGCUGGAACUUUGGUUUGCCGAGCAGAAUGGAAGCGCCAACUUGUCGUUGGCCUCCACACGCAAUUUGCAGUUGAACUUUCAUCCGGGACGCGGUCUUCAUUAUCAUCUGCCGGUGCUCUUCGACUACUUCCACUUGGCGGCCAUCAGUGUGGGCAUUCAUGCCAGUCUCGUUGCCCUCCAUCAGCCAUACAUCAAGAAAAGCAUGUUCUCAUAUAUCAAGUUAUGUGCACCACGCAGCUCGAAGCCUUGGAGUGCCGGCAAACUGAGCUGUCGUGGCAACACUUCACCUGGUCCACUCGAAGCCGUCUUCUUUGGCCCCCAAAUCGGAGGCACGACCAAAUGCAGUGGCGGACCAACUGGAAGAUUGCUUCAGUCCCGGCAAAUACAUCGCGAUAUCUGUAGCCUACUUCUAGGCGCCAUCGAGCAGCUGAAGGCGACGCUCAAUGAAUUCAGCACAGUUCUGCCACCGAGCAUCAAUUCGCAAAUAGGUUCUCCGCCUCUGCGAGAGAACGACACCGGAGAGCGACUGCAGCAGCUGAUGGAGCAGGCCAAGCUCCUGGAGGCAGAGGAUGACUUCGCCACGUUGGCCAACUCGGACAUCGCUCAACUGUGCGCGGAGAGCAUUUUCUGGUGGCGUCGCGUGUUGCUCGCGUCGCGAUCCUCGACAGCAGUGCACACGCUGCUCGCCCGUAAGCAUCACAUACUUCGCGUGCGUCGCUUUGCCGAGGGUUUCUUUGUGCUGGAGCAGCCACGACAUGCGGCAGCCGGUUGCCACGAUCUCAACAGCAGUCCAGGGCAGCAGAAUUGUCAGGGAUACGCAGGCAUUGCAGAGUUGGCGCGUCGCAGUCGCUAUCUGCAAUCGCUUCCUCCGCUGCCCGUUCACUGCACGCCCAUCGAUGGCGAUGCGGCUUCGUUGCCGCUGAUCUUCGAGGAUCGCUAUGUGGUGCCCGGCUCGAGUUAUGGACGUCGCCGGUCUGGCAGCGAUCCGCAGCUGGACGAGACGUCGACGGUGGCGAGGAAGAAGUCAACGGUGCCGGAUAAAACGCAUUCGUCGAGCAGUCUGAAUGGCACCAAGGAUUGUCUUGCGUGUCACUUUGACUACGAUUAUCCGGCGAGCAAUGGCAACGGUCCAGCGCAUCCGCAUGCCAAGUGCGUGGUCACGCCCCGCUUUGCCCUGGGCGGAGAAGUACUCCAAGCCAGCUUGACCAUUGCACCGAGUAACAAAGAGGCGCAACCUGUGGCGCUGCGUCACAAUUUAUCCAGACACUCGGUGACGGGAUUGCUCGAGGAUCUCGAUGUGGACGAGGCAACGUUGCCCACGCGGCACAGCAAGUCGCUGGAUCAACUCGAUGGCAACGUGGAGACGCCAGUGUUGGCCGAGUCAGCGUGUAAUCCUCGCCAGGUCAGCUACAACACGUUGCCAGCGGGUUUGGCGCGUCUCCAGGCCGACGAUCUGAUGCGCAACAUUUGCGAGUUCCGACAGCGCUACGGACAUCAUGGCAAGUUUGAUUACCUCAACGAGAUCAAGCUGCUUAAUCCGCCCAAGCAACAGCAACAGCAGCAACCACAGCAAUCACAGCAGCAGCAACCACAAUCGAUGGCUGCUUACAAUUCGCUGCCCAAGAGCAUGGUUCCACCUCGUAAUUCGUAUCCACCGCCACCUCCUAGUCAGUACACCACGAUGCCCAGGAGCAGCAGCUCGCAGAUACCACGAGCUGUGGAGAUUGCUCGCGUGCGUGUCUCGGACAUCAAGGAGAUGCUGCGUCAGGGACAAGAGCAGCAGCAACAACAACAGCAGCAGCUGCGCAAGGAAUCGAGCAGCUCGGAGAGCGACAUGAUGCAGAAGCUGCAGUUGCUCAGUUCCAGCAGCGUGCCCUUUCGGUUGGAUGCCACCACAACGACAGCAGCCAACAGCAACAACAACACGAACAGCAGCGAUCCCAACACAAGUGGUUUCAGUGAAUCGCUGCCGAAUCUGGCGCCGCCUCCUGAAUUCGAUUCGGAUGUUCGGCGACAACGCAGCAAUUCGACUUCAUCGCUGAGCGAGGAGAGCGGCUGGGUCAGCAGUCGACGCAGUUCGUUGGCCAUCUCCAGUCCGGAUACGAUCACGAGCACGGGACAACAACAUCGUCAACAUCAGCGACACACGCAACUCAAUCUGGGCAUGGGAAUGGGAUUGGAGACGCGUCUGAAUGGCGAGCAGUUGCGAUUGCGAUUGCUGAAGUUGCUCGAUCAGCAGCAGCUGCAGCAGCAGCAGCCACACAAACCCACCAGGAAACGUCAGUCAGCGGGCAACAGUCAAAGUCGAACGCCGGCGCGUCAACCGCAGCAGCAGGAGCUGCACAAGAAGACGUCUUCGGUGACGCUGACCAUCAAGAAGGAGCGUUCGCGGUAUCAACUCGAUCGUCUGCGUCAUUUGCCCAAUGGCGAAUCCACCGAGGUGGAGGAUCUAGAGCGACCGCCGCCACGUCAUCAUCGCCAGAAUCGCCACAAAACAACCAACAACAACAGCAACAGUAAUGCAAACAAAUGCGAAAAGUCCAAGUCGGAUUUUGAUAUUACAAGCUUGAAAGAUUUGCAGCCACUGGAAACGUUGUGUUUGCCGCCGCCGCAACAGUUUCAGGAUCAGGAUCAAGAGCAGGAACUGGCGCCUUUGGUUGUGGCGCCGCCGCCGCCGGAUGAAUUCAGGGAUCCGCCUCCAGAACCAGCGCCAGUCACAGCUCCAGCUCCAGCUGCAGCUCCUUUGCCAGCCGCAGUUCCCUUGCCAGCUCCCGUUGCGUUGUCCAAGCCAAAGAGCAAAGUGUUGGCCUGUCAUGUGGUGCAUGCUCCACCGUUGAAGGAACGUCAACCGAUUGGCGCCAUUGACAAUCCAGUGUAUCACAUCUACGAGUCACUGCGUCCCAUGUCCACGCCGGCCAUCUUCAGCAACAAGCCAGUGCUCAAGUCGCAUAGUUUGGCUGAGCUAAAGCGUCCUGCACAGCAGCAACCACAACAACAGCAAUCGCAACAGCAGCAACAUCAAUGCAAGCAGCCGCUGCCGGAGAACGAAGCUGACAUCGAGCAAGACGAAAACAAGGAGAACUCGAAUGGUCAGCUGCAACUCACACGUGGCAAGCCAACGAACGGUUCUGUCUCCAAGCACAAGCGUAAGGCGCAGCAAUCGAAUCAGGAGCAAAGUCCCAGCAUUUCACUCUUGGAAUUCGAAAAGUGUCGCGAGGAAUUCCGCAAGCAGAUCAAGUAUCAAGGCAACAUUUACUCCGACUAUGUGCAGCUCGCCUCGGAGUUGCCAUAUUUCUACAUCAGCGAUGAGUAUCGCGCCUUCUCGCCCAAUGGCAUGCAUCUCGUCAUCUGUGUCCAUGGCCUCGAUGGCAACUCUGCGGAUCUGCGGCUGGUGCGCACUUAUCUGGAGUUGGGAUUGCCCGGGGUUAAUCUCGAGUUUCUCAUGUCGGAGCGCAAUCAGGGCGACACAUUCUCCGACUUUGAUACCAUGACUGAUCGGCUGGUAGCCGAGAUCCUCUAUCACAUCGACAGCUGCGGUCUGAAUCCAGCGCGCAUCUCCUUUGUGGCACAUUCGCUGGGCACCAUCAUCGUGCGCAGUGCAUUGGCUAGGCCUCAAAUGCGUCCACUCUUGCCACGACUGCACACCUUCCUCUCUCUUUCUGGGCCUCAUCUGGGCACGCUUUACAACACCAGCGGGCUGGUCAACAUGGGCAUGUGGUUCAUGCAAAAGUGGAAGAAGUCCGGUUCGCUGCUCCAGCUCUGCAUGCGUGACACAACGGACAUGCGCAACAGCUUCCUCUACCGUCUGAGCCAGCGAAGCACUCUGCAUCACUUCAGCAACAUUCUGCUCUGCGGUUCCAGCCAGGAUCGCUAUGUCCCCGCGCACUCAGCGCGUCUCGAACUCUGCAAGGCUGCCAUGCGUGAUACUUCUUCAUUGGGCACGAUCUACAGGGAAAUGGUGCACAAUGUGAUUGCUCCGAUCUUGGCCAGGCCAGAACUGACGCUGGCUCGCUACGAUGUUCAUCAUGCGUUGCCCCACACAGCCAACACACUUAUUGGCAGAGCUGCUCACAUUGCGGUCUUGGACUCUGAGUUGUUUAUUGAGAAGUUCAUGUUGAUUGCGGGUCUGAAGUACUUCAGUUAACAUGGCUGCCACCGCAAAAGGAAAUAGAUCUGGAACUAGAACUAGAACUGGGACUGGAACUAGAACUGCAACUUCAACUGACAGCAGCCCUUGAAAGUGUGUAAAAGUGUGUGUGAAAGUGUGCCCUAAGAGCAUAGUACUCAUUCUUGUAUUCGUAUUCGAUAUUUUAAUGUUAUUUAAUAUGUAACAACACAAAUGGAUCUGUGCAGUUUGAACAAACCACAGACAGGGUACUAUUAAAAAAAAAAACCGAUUGAGAA